GACAGGCGCGGGGCGGGUCACAUGAGCGGCUCUGGCGUGUGUUGGGGAAGGAGUCACAUGACCCGCUUGCCUGUUCUCUCCCGUCUUCUCGACCAUGUCAGCGGAGUAGCCCCGGAAGCUGCACCGAGUUCCCCGAGCCCCGCCAUGAGACGCGACCGCGCCUGGGCCCCGGCUGGGGGGCCUCGCCCGCUCCAGGUUUCCUCGCCUGGGGCUCGACCCGGGUUCUCCCUCGUCCUGCUGCUCCUCGCCAUCGUCCUCCCGAGUCAGCAGGGAGGCAGCGCCGCCGCCGCCGCCGCGGCCCAGGGCAGCUUCAGCUACCAGGAGCUGUGCCGUUACACGUGGGAAGCUGUUGAUCCAGAUAAAGUACACUACAAAAUAAACCUCUGUGGUAGUGCCACAGGCUGUGGAGGGUCGAGUACCAUUUGUGCAUACGACAUAAAAAGCAAUGCCAGUUUCUCAGUAGGGGAUUCCUCGUUGAUGAGAAGUUCUAAACUGCUCUUGGAGUUCAACACUACACAGACUUGUAGACAGCAAGGAACCGAGCACAAAUUACAAAGCAACAUUAAUUUCUAUUGCGGGAAGACUCUGGGUUCCCCAGAGUUUGUGACUUCAACCAGUUGUGUGCACUACUUUGAAUGGAAGACAUAUGUGGCCUGCAAGAAAGAUUUGUUCAAACCAACUGAAGAGGUGCCUUGUUACGUAUUUGAUGGAGACUUGAGGAAACGUGACUUGAACCCACUGAUUAAAACUUCUGGAGGAUACUUGGUAGAGGACUCGGAUGAUGACGUGGAGCUCUACAUCAACGUCUGUAGAAACAUAGGAAAGUCCUCUGUUGAAGGCAAGGGUUGUCCAGAGGGAAGUUCAGCUUGCCUGUUGAAGGAUGGUCAUGCAUUUGACCUGGGACAUCCUAAAGAACAACUCAAGCAGCUUGAUAAAAACAGGCUUUCCCUGAGAUACGAACGCAAAAUUAGCAAUGCAAAUGAGAGGCCUGACUUCUGUGGUGACCAUGAUCCAGCAGUGACUGUUACUUUUGUGUGCCCAGAGGGGAGGAAAAAAGAGGUGACAAGUCCCAGACUCACUGCUCAAAGUAACUGCCAGUACGAGAUUGAAUGGGUUACAGAGUCUGCCUGUCACAGAGACUACCUAGAGAGUAACAACUGUGUCCUGACCAGCAAGCAGCAUGGUAUCUAUGUGAAUUUGACACCCCUCAAACAAAUUCCAGCGUAUGUCACACCUUACGUUGCUAAAGAUAGAGAAGAGUAUUCCUAUUAUCUGAAUGUAUGUGGCAAAGCAGCUGGAGGCUACUGCAGUGAUGCCAAUGCUUCGGCGUGCCAGGUCAAACAUGCAGCUGUUCCUCAGCAGAAAGUGGCAGGAAGGUUUACCCACCAAACUCUCAGGUAUGCUGAUGGAGACCUCAUUCUGACAUACCCAGGAGGAGAUCCUUGCAGCUCUGGAUUUGAGCGAAUGACUGUCAUAAACUUUGAAUGCAAUCAUACGGCAGACAAUGAUGGCAAAGGAAGCCCAGUGUUUACAGGAGAAACAGACUGCUCAUACUUCUUCACCUGGGAGACCAAAUAUGCAUGUGUAGCAAAAGAAGAUCUUCCUUGUAUGGUUACAGACAAAAGGAAACGCUAUGACUUGACACGGUUGAUUCGUCAUUCUGAGUUAGAGCAGAAUUGGGAAGCUGUAGACGGUAACCCUGUGGAAACAGAAAAGAAACGUUUUUUCAUAAACGUCUGUCACCAAGUUCUUCAGAAAGGAGGGGCAGUGAACUGUUCAGAAGAGGCAUCUGUUUGCUCAGUUGGUGAAGACAAUAGCACAAAAAACCUAGGGACGUUUAUGUCUGCUCCCACAAAAGUUGGAGAGAAUAUCCAGCUUUACUAUUCGGGUGGCGAUGAGUGUCGACCAAAAAAGACAAUUGAAACAAAGAUACUCCUCAUAUGCAAGCCAGGUGACCUGGAAAGUGCUCCUGUUUUGAUAAGUUCUGGGUACGACGGGUGCCUGUAUGAGUUCGAAUGGCACACUGCUGCUGCCUGUGUCCUGUCUCAAACAAAAGGUGACCAGUGCAGAGUCUCUGACUCUCAAGCAGGGUUCUCUUUUGACUUAUCACCUUUGAUGCAUCACACUUACACAGCAAACACAAGUGACUAUACUUUCUACAUCAGUAUUUGUGGCAACGUGUCAAACCAGUUGUGUGCAUCACAGUCUGCGGCAUGUCAAGUGAAGAAAAAUGGUAAGGACACAUGGAGUCUGGGGUUGCCCAGUUCUGAGCUCUCCUAUUAUGAUGGAAUGAUUCAAUUGAACUAUCGAAAUGGCACACCGUACAACAACGAGAAGCACAUGCAACGGUCUACCCAUAUUACCUUCCUGUGUGAUCGUGGUGCAGGCGCAGGUUCACCUGAAUAUCAAGCAGAAGACAACUUCACUUACAACUUCAGGUGGUAUACUCAAUAUGCCUGCCCAGAAAUACCCACAGAAUGUGUUGUCACAGAUCCACAAACCAUGAAGCAAUAUGAUCUUUCACGUUUAUCAUUGUCUGCAGACAGGGAUAAUUGGCAGGCAGUGGACAAUUCUGAGCAGGGUCCACGCAAAAUAUACUACAUAAAUGUCUGCCGACCUUUGAACCCCAUCUCAGGCUGUGACAGGCGGGCAUCUGUCUGUGAAAUGACGUACAGCAAGAGUGGUUCGCUUGAAGUUUCCAUCAGCAAUGUGGGGAUUGCCCAACAAGAACCUGUGGUUGAAGGCCCUGGCAAAAUCCUCCUAAAUUAUACCGGUGGCUCUUUGUGCAUCACGGCGGAGGGUAAGAGUGAGCCUUUCACAAGCCUUGUCCAUCUCGUCUGCUCCAAGGCCACUCUCAGUAGUAGCCCAAGAUUCAUUGAGAUGAAAGAAUGUGUUGCAGUUUUCCUGUGGGAAACGGAAGCUGCUUGUCCCGUCACAACUGCAGCAGGGGAUGCUCAGAGCUGCACUGUAAAAGAUCCCAACAGUGACUUUGUGUUUAACCUGGAACCGUUGGCUUCAGAAAAAAAAUACAUAGCCAUGGGAAUUGGGAAGUCCUACAUGCUAAACAUUUGUGGACCAGCGGAGGAAUGUGCAGUUAACAGUAGCCUGGCAGCUGCUGACACAAUUGGUGGAUGUGAAACAGAAGAUCUGAAACACAUUCGUUUGGUGAAACUGAACAAAACUCUUCAGCUGUCUACCGAAGGAGAACUGUCUCUUAAAUACACAGGAAUCAAUGACACUUUCACUGUGACCUUUAUCUGCAAUCAAUCCUCCUACCCCGGACAACUCAGAUUUGUGCAUGAAGAGAUUAACUCUGCACGUAGAAUUUAUAAUACUUUCUUUGAGUUUCACACGGCCUUAGCCUGCCCACCUUCUCCAGUUGAUUGUCAAGUUACUGAUUCAGCUGGUAAUGAGUAUGACCUGAGUGACUUAAGCAGAGCAAGUGAGCCUUGGCUUGCCCUGGAUACAUCAAAAGAUGCAAAAGGAAGAACUUUCUUUCUAAGUGUUUGCAAGCGCCUUCCCCCCAUCCCAGGGUGCCCUGGUGGUAUAAUUGGAUCUUGUGUGAAAUACGCGGACAAAGGUCAGAGUCUUGGCAUGAUUCACAUGCGUCCUCAGGCUGCCGCUGAUGGGUCCCUUAGUAUCGUGUACUCAAGUGGGGACACGUGCAAAGGUAACAGGCAGUACUCAACGCGGAUCAUCUUCCAGUGUGAUCAAAGUAUGGGAUCACCAGUGUUUCAACAUGAAGACGACUGUGAGUUUGUGUUUCUUUGGAGAACAGUAGCAGCUUGUCCUGUGCACAGGGUGGAGGGUGAGAACUGUCAAGUAAAAGAUCCAAGGUAUGGUCAUGUGUAUGAUCUGACACCACUUCGUGGGAAGGAUGUGAAAGUGAGCACUGAGGAAUAUGACUACUACUUCAGAGUCUGUGAUGGAUUAACAGUGGGGAAGUGCAAAGAACCAGGAACAACUGCAGAUGUUGUGUCGGCAUGUCAAAUUAAGAAACGAGACCCCAGCUUUAAAAAAAUAGCAGGUUUGAAAACUACAAAGCUGACAUACGAAAAUGGAUUAAUCAAAAUUAACUACACCCACGGGGAGACAUGCCACAAGGUAUAUCAGCGGUCAACAGCCAUAUUGUUCUAUUGUGAUCCUGAAAGUAAUUCGCAGCCAGUGUUUCUGAAGGAAAUGGAGGAUUGCACCUAUUUGUUUGAGUGGCACACUCCUCUUGCCUGCCCACCUUCCAGGUCUAUCGAGUGCUCCUAUAAAGACAGUACCGGCAACUCAUACGAUCUCUCCUCUCUGACACGGCAUAAGGAGAACUGGGAAGCCAUUUCAAUGACUAACUCUACUCAAAAAUACUACAUUAACGUCUGUAAAUCUCUGGUGCCACAUCGAGGAGCGGAUUUCUGUUCACCGGAUUCUGCAGCCUGCCUAAUGGAUGGGUCCAAGUAUAUAAACUUGGGUGAGGUGUCUGAGGGAAUCCAAUGGCAAAAUGGCAUUUUCGUUAUUAAAUACAUCAAUGGUGAGAAGUGUCCAGACCAGAUCAGGAAGAAGUCUACAAUAAUCCGCUUCAAGUGUGACGGAAAUGCAGUUGAUUCCAAGCCUGAACUUAUAACAGCCAUUGAGGAUUGUGAAUAUACUUUUAUAUGGUUCACGGCUGCUGCAUGUCCUCUGAAAACCAACGUGCACAACAAUUGCACAGUAUCCAACCCUCUUACAGGCCAUCUCUUUGACCUUAAUUCUUUAAAGAGGCAGGAUGGUUAUACUGUCCCUGAUUACAGGAACCAGAGAAUAUUGCAACUGAGUGUGUGUGAUGAAGCCAGAGGUCCAUGUGGCAGUGGAGUUGGUGUCUGUGUCACUGGUGGCCAUCAGCAACCAGUCAGUGCUGGAAGACUGACCAAAGCAUUAACUUAUGAAGAUGGAGUUUUGAAACUUAGCUACAGCGGAGGAGAGUCCUGCCCUGCAAAUCCUGACCUGAAGUAUACAAGCUAUUUCAGCUUUGUGUGCAGGCCUGAUGCUGGGCCAGGUAGCCAGCCCUUCCUUGUCUCCUUCGAUGAGGCGGCAUGUGCCUAUUAUUUCUCUUGGCAUACGGCUUUAGCUUGUGAAGAAGAGAGUCCGGUGGAAUGCUCAGUUACAAAUGGCAGCACAGUAAUUGACCUCUCUCCUUUGAUACAUCGGACGGGCUCCUAUGAGGCAUUUGAUGAGACGUUCGAUGAUUCCUCUGACCUUACUCCAGAUUUCUAUAUAAAUAUUUGCCGCCCGUUGAAUUCCAUCAAAGAUGUCAACUGCCCACCUGGAGCAGCCGUCUGCAUGGUUCCAGUUACUGGUCCCCCUAUAGAUAUUGGCCGUAUUACUUCGCCUCCCAAGCUCAACCCUGCAACACGUGAAGUUUACAUGGCUUUUAACAGUAGCACUCCUUGUCUGGAAGAUAAAAGUCUCAAGUAUUCUUCUCUCAUUGUGUUCCAUUGCAGCAGAGGGACAGAUCUGGGAAAGCCAAAAAUGAUAGGGCAGUCCACCUGCGAAUACAUAUUCGAAUGGAGCACUCCAGUUGUUUGCCCUGAUAAAGUGGACGUCUCGGGCUGCUCGGUGGCUGAUGAGCAGCUGCACUACACUUUCAACCUAUCCAGACUUUCUGCAAAGCCUUACCAGAUCUCUGCUGGGUCCAAGAAUUACCACCUAGGGGUGUGUUCUGGUGCUGCUGGUGUGCCCCAAGGAAAGUGCAAAGAUGCAGCAGUGUGCCUGGUCUCGGGCAACAGUGCCGUCUCCUUUGGCAACAGAAAUGAAAGGAAAAUGGACUACCGGCAUCAAGAUGAAGCUGUCAUUUUGCAGUAUACGGGUGGUGAUGAGUGCCCUCCAGUGACUGAUCUGGACGAGCUUUGUGUCUUCCCUUUCCAAUACAAUGGUAAAACGUACGACACAUGUAUUCAGGAGGGACGAGAGCGGCCAUGGUGUGCCACUACAAAUAACUUUGCAAGAGACAAAAAAUGGGGUUUCUGUGUCAACGGAAAUGGCCGCCGGGAAUCAACUAUUAUUUUCAAGUGUGAUGACAACGCUGAUGAUGGGAGCCCUCAACUACUGAGUGAGACAAAUGGCUGUGCAGUGACAUUUGAAUGGAAGACGCAAGUUGUGUGUCCGCCCAGGAAAAUGGAGUGCAAGUUUAUUCAGAAGCACAAAACUUACGAUUUGAGAGUGCUUUCCUCCCUCACGGGAUCUUGGAUCUUUGCUGACAAGACCAGCUCUUACUACAUGAAUCUCUGUCAAAGAGUCCACGAAGGACCCACAGGUUGCCCAGAACGAGCAAGUGUUUGCCGGAGAAGUCAGAACGGGGCUGUGCAGGUUCUGGGAUUAGUACAUACUCAGAAACUAAAUGUAACAGAUGAUAGAAUCCUUGUCAGUUACUCCAACGGCCAUGAAUGUCCACAGAGGAACAAAAAAGCAACCACCGUGAUAGAACUGAAAUGUGGAAAAACAGUUGGCAUGCCAAGGUUUAAUAGGAUUGAUGAAGAAAACUGUGCCUACUACAUCACAUGGGAAACUCGGGCUGCUUGCGCUGUGAAACCCCAGGAAGUAACAAUGAAGAAUGGCACAAUCAUAAAUCCAGUGACAGGGAAGAAUUUCAGUCUGGGCAAUAUAUAUUACAAAUUAUACAAUGCUUCCGGUGAUAUAAGAGCAAAUGGUGACACCUACAUUUAUGAAAUUCAGCUUUCUGCCAUCACUGGUUCAAAGCACCAUGAAUGCUCUGGAGCCAACAUAUGUCAAGUUAAAACAUCAGAUACCCAUUUUAGGAAAAUUGGAUCUUCUAACAAGGCUAAAUAUCAUGUUCAGGAUGGUGAUUUGGAUGUCGUGUUCUCCUCAGAGUCCCAAUGUGGGAGAGACAAAACAAAAUUUGCAUCUUCAACCAUUUUCUUCCACUGCAGCCAGCAGGCCAAGGAAGGCAUCCCCCGAUUCCUUCAUGAGUCGUCAGAUUGCCAGUACUUGUUUACCUGGUACACCUCGGCAGUCUGUCCCUUGGUAAGCUCCGAGCCAACAAACAAUGAAACAUUUGUAGAAGAAAUUUAUAAAGGCCUUUCAGGAAGAAGCCAAGCGGUUGGUGCCAUACUGAGUUUGCUCCUUGUGGUCCUUACAGCAUGCCUAGUUAUCCUGUUACUUCAUAAAAAGGAAAGACGAGAGACCAUGAAGCAAAAGAUAGCCAACUGCUGUCGGAGAACAUCUAAUGUUUCCUAUAAGUAUACAAAGAUAAGCACUGAAGAACUGAACGAGAACGAAAUGGAAUGGCUCAUGGAGGAGGUAGCUGCACCCAACCAGAAGUCAGGAAACGAAGGGCACGAAAACGGCCACAUCACCAGCAAAGUAGUUAAGUCGGAUGCUCUCACUUCUCUUCAUGUGGAUGAUAUGGACAGCGAGGAUGAAGUCCUCACAAUACCAGAGGUGAAGAUUCAUUCUGCGAGGGGCGUCCAGUCUAGUAGGCUUCCUCAUGACAAGACCCUUAACCUCCCAAGCAGCGAUAAGCCUGGCCUGCUCAAUGGCAACAAGAAUAGCAAAGGCAGCACCGCUUUUGGCCAACGGAAGCUACAGAACUCAGUGAAGACAGCUUCCUUUCAUGAUGACAGCGAUGAGGACCUGUUGAACGUUUAACCUUCAUUGUGCCUAAUCAAAAUGCCAUGUGUGUGUGUACAUAUAUAUAUAUAAAGGUGGGACAAACAAAAUACUUCCAACCAAAUACGAAGACUUUAGCUGCAGAUGCCUUUUGCAAGGGGGUGUUUCAAAGGGAAGGUGGGAGGAGGAAAGAAGGGUCAAUCCUAGUUGUUUACAAUGGUCUGUUUAGUGAUUACUGGAUUUCUAGCAUCCACCUGAAUGAAUUGUGGCAAUUCUUCUCCUCAGCCAGGAUUUGCACUCUCCCCGUUCUGUAGAUUGUAGAGGCUUCAUAAGGCUUCCAAAAGGUAGGCUCAGAUCUGAACGAAGUCCCCUCACCUUCAAGACGAGACUUGCAUUUUAACACUCUUAUUUUUAUUUAUUGUUCUCGGUACUCAGGUUCAUGAAAAUAAUAAUAAGCAACUUGCUCUUCCUGCAGGCCAGGGUGUUUGUGUUACAGAUUCACCCCAUCACAUGAAAUGGAGAUGAGGGGUCCUCUGUAUGUUUGCUGGGUUGUUUUGAUGUACAUUUUGGAGCUGGUCUGUUUAAACUUGCCUGUACAUUUGAUUUCCCGUAUCCUAACUUAAAAUGCAUUAUGAUUUGAAAAGUGUUUUUACUGGAAGGUACAAAUCUUCAUAGCUUUAGCCUUGAACAGUGGCUGUUCGUUGCAUGUUGAGUCUCUUUUUGGGGGGUGGGGUUAGCCAAUCACAUUAAGUCAUUCAUCAGUAUUUACGAAACUUUUGGUGAAAUAACCCAGAGCUCUCCUUUAGCUUUGCUGUUUCUUUCGAAGAGCAGUAAGGAAGGCAGAUGUUCACUGUUAUAAUUCCUCCUUAUGUUGUCAUGAUGAGAAGAACACUGUACCUCUUUUGAAAUGCGAUCCUGCUUCAGGGGCUGUAGAAGGCAGGGGGAACCCUGUCCCUUUUGGGAAAUGGCCCUUCUGGAAGAGUCUCCUAACCCUACCAUAUGGAACUAAUUUAUUCCAAGCCAAGCUAUGGAAUUUCUAGAACAUCAGCUUCACUGCCCUGGGAGAUGUAUGCCUGCUCAAAGCCACCGGCCAACAGAAGCCUUAAUUGCACAGACACAAACUUGAAUUUUGGCAGACACUGUGUGUGGACACUGAGAGGCAACAAAUGUUUUUUGGGUAAUAUCACUGAACAUCCAGGUCAGUUUUGCCUGCUGGAGCCGCUGAAAUUAAAGUGUUGUUGGCAACAUUGAAUGAAGAUCUCCCUAUAGCUAUUGACAUCUACUCUGUUUCUGACGGAUCUCACGGGCAAAGAGCAAGUUUCUAUGGACAAUGCACCAGUAUUUAACACUGGCUAGAAGCUCUUCCUUGUUUAUACCUUUUCCUAUUUACACUGGUUUGCUUAAGGUUGGCUUCCACUUAGGAAUCUGAUUUAAUGUAACAAAAAGUGUUCAAAUGAUUUCAAUAAAAGCUAAAUUAUGUUUCCCAGGAA